UCUAUCACGUGUGGAGUUGCUAAUCACGAUGAAUGGUGCACACAUGAAGCCGGGGUGAUUCUCUGGAAUCCCCACCGCUCACAAACUUCCAAACAGACCGGCGGCUUCCUCACCACGGACACCUGCGUCACCUGCGUCGCUUUUCACCCGCAGAGGGCGUCAGUUUUGGUUGCAGGCACAGUGCACGGCGACAUCAUGAUCUGGGACAUGCAAAACACAAGCGACCAAUGGGCUUCAUCUCCGAUUGUGAUGCAUGACAAUCAUCGAGAUUUGGUGAAAUGCGUUGAGUGGAUCGGAAACGCUGAAGAGUCGAACUGUCUGCUAAGCUGUGGUUUAGACGGCAUGAUUAUCCAAUGGCGACAUGAUACUCGAAAGAGCCACCUAGAAGCCGUCAACUACUUCUUACUGCUAGCCGAAAACGUCCGACUCCACAAGCAGAUUCCCAGCGGAGGAAGCGGAACACAUGUCGGAGUGACGUCGCUUGCCAGAAACCAUUUUGAUGAUGCCGUCUUCGUGAUGGGAACUGAAGGAGGCGGAGUUCUUCAAGGAUCGCUCAGUCUAUCGCGGCCGAUAGCAUCACUAGUCGAGGGCCACACGUCGCUGGAGCGCACCUACAGCUGUCCUGUCGUGGCACGAUUCCCUCCCCACCGUGGUCACACGCUCGACGUCCACUCGUCUCCCUUCGAGAGGAAUGUGUUUGCGUCUGGCGGCAUCGACAGAGAAGUCAAAGUGUUCAGCUUGCUGCAGCUGGAGCCGGUGCUGACCAUUCCACUUCCAGAGGCGGCCACUAGGGUCCGUUGGUCUCCUUCGCAGCCGACUCUGCUGACGGCGCUUCAGGGCGACGGCCGCCUUGGCUUCUACGACCUGCGUCGCACCACAGCUCCCGUGGCGGAAUUUACACUGAACGCUGAACGUGGCGCUGGCACAAGUCUCGAGUACUGUGCGCGCAGCCCAGACCUGCUCUUCGUUGGUCGCGGGCCCGGCAACACGCAAGUCUGGCAGCUGGGUUCCAAGUUGGUGGCGGCCGGCGAAGUAAACCAGAGCGACCUCAUCAGGGAUGUGGCCAAUGGCACCUUUGCUCCCGAGUAGCCCGCAGCCCGGGUCGAUAGCCAUCACCCAAGAUCGGCUCUGUCCAGUGAACUUUGUUCGCUCACGGAAACGAGAGUGGAGGUGCACCUUUCAUCGAGAUCGACGUUUCAUUGAGAACGACAUGAAAGAAGGAAGUACACAAAUGAUACUUCACUUUCGCUCCGCACGCGGCUAGAAAAAUUAUCCAAAGAAAGGGUUGCUAACUAAAGGAAUAAACCGCACUG